AUGAUAAAUUCCAAGAAAACAACACCAGGUGGGACUCUGCGCCUCUUCAAGGUGUCCACUCUCAUUCAACUACUUCUCUUGUUAUCCCUUUUCUUGACUUUCACUUUGGCUCGAGAUGUCUCUGUUCGUCAUCGUCGUGAUGGUGGAGUCGAGUUAAUUGUCAAUGUAAAUGUGAACGGUGCCGGUAAACGCUCUUCAUCCACCUCUUCUACAUCCUCUUCUUCAUCAAAAUCUCAAGAGGAAAGUACUCCAAUGACAAGCUCUCAACAAGAAGAAACCUCGUCUUCGUCUUCUUCACAACAACCAGAACAAGUUCGAUUGGAUUCCACAACAAAAGAAAUUGCCACUCAAGUUCAUGAUGCUGUUUCAAGUAAGAUGGCUACAGAAAUUGCUGAAAGUUUGUUGCAAUUUGCGAAUGAAGUGAAAAAGAUCCAUGACGCCAUUCCAAACUCAGGCCUCACUCAAGCCCAACAAGAAUUCAAAACUCAACUUUUAGCAGUCACUCGUGACUUGACAAGCAAAGCUGCCAAUCCAAGUGCUGAAUUAAUGGUUUCUUCACUUUCCUAUUUGAAUGCUGUCAAAAAACAAGAACCUCCUUCUGUCUCUUUGGAAAGUUCAUCCAACAACCAAGAAGCAAAAACUCUCUUCAUUUUACCUGCCAUUGGAGUUGCCAGUAAUGUCAUGAACUUUGUCGAUGGAAUUGGAACUUAUUCGACUUCAAUUUCAAAAGCUGGAAAAUGGCUUUCAGGAACGGCUUCACAAAAGUUGCAAAAGUGGGGAUUCGAAAGGGCGGCCAAAGCGGCAUCGACGGUGGGAACAGGAGUUUCGAAUUUUUCUGAAAAAAAGUUGGGACCUAUUGAGGCAAAGGUGGCCAAGAAGAUUGCUCCUGUGGUCAAGUCCAAGCCAUAUCUUGCUGUUAAGAGAAGUAUUAACUUGGUUGCUGGUGUUACUGGUCUUCAUGGUGUUGCCAAAUCCAUUGGUCUUUUGAAUGUUGCAAAACUUCCAAAAAAUUUCAAAUCAUUGAAAACGACAUUAACCAAAGCCACAAGUGCUGUCAAGAAUCGAGCAGCCAUCAUGAAGAACAUUCGAAGAGUAGCUACCAAUGCGAAAAAGGUCGUUUCCAAUGUCAGAAAAACUUCUCUCAUCUCCAAACUUUCUACAGCUCAUUCCACUAAUAGUGCCAUUGGAGAUGUGAAAUCUGGAAUGGAGUUGUUCAAGAGAAAUGGUUCGAAGAAGAAUACUUCAUCUCAAAAAUCAGGAGGUGGUGCCAAUAAUCGAAGUGGAUCCACUUCAAGACCACAAGGAAAUUCAAAUCGAAGACCAAAUGGAAAGAAUAAUUCUGGUGCCAACAAUAAUAAGGGUAAAAAACAAGGAUCUACUGGUAGCAGCUCCAACAGUAGUGGUUCUAAUUCAUCUUCCUCUAAAAGUAUCGGCAACAAGUACGGUUCAAACAUCAGACGAAAGCACUCAAAUCCUCCAAGAAAAUAA